AUGACUUUGUAUAGCUGCUGCUUGAUUCUUUUGCUAUUUACCUGGAACACAGCUGCCUAUGGGCCAAACCAACGGGCACAGAAGAAGGGAGACAUUAUUCUCGGAGGAUUGUUCCCCAUUCAUUUUGGAGUGGCUGCUAAAGACCAGGAUCUAAAAUCAAGACCAGAAUCAGUGGAGUGCAUAAGGUAUAAUUUCCGAGGCUUCCGCUGGCUCCAGGCUAUGAUCUUUGCCAUAGAAGAAAUAAACAGUAGCCCAACUCUCCUUCCCAACAUGACCCUUGGAUACAGGAUAUUUGACACUUGCAAUACAGUCUCUAAAGCCCUCGAGGCCACACUGAGUUUUGUGGCCCAGAACAAGAUAGACUCCUUAAACCUGGACGAAUUCUGCAACUGCUCAGAACAUAUCCCUUCCACCAUCGCAGUCGUGGGGGCAACCGGCUCUGGCAUCUCUACCGCUGUGGCCAAUCUGCUGGGACUCUUUUACAUACCUCAGGUCAGCUAUGCCUCAUCCAGUCGUCUCUUGAGCAAUAAGAACCAGUUCAAGUCCUUCCUCCGCACAAUCCCCAAUGAUGAGCAUCAGGCCACGGCAAUGGCAGACAUCAUCGAGUACUUUCGCUGGAACUGGGUGGGAACAAUUGCAGCUGACGAUGACUAUGGCCGGCCAGGGAUUGAAAAGUUUCGGGAGGAGGCAGAGGAGAGAGACAUCUGCAUUGAUUUUAGCGAGCUCAUUUCCCAGUACUCGGACGAAGAGGAGAUCCAGCAGGUGGUGGAGGUUAUCCAGAACUCCACAGCAAGGGUGAUCGUUGUUUUCUCCAGUGGCCCGGACCUGGAGCCCCUCAUCAAAGAGAUCGUCAGGCGAAACAUCACCGGCAAGAUCUGGCUGGCGAGCGAGGCAUGGGCCAGCUCUUCCCUCAUAGCCAUGCCAGAGUUCUUCCGCGUCAUCGGCAGCACCAUUGGGUUUGCACUGAAGGCAGGACAGAUCCCAGGCUUUCGUGAGUUCCUGCAGAAGGUGCAUCCCAAGAAGUCCACCAACAAUGGCUUUGCCAAGGAGUUUUGGGAGGAGACGUUUAACUGCUAUCUCCCCGAUGGGUCCAAAAGUUCUCCAGCUUCAACUUCCUUCCACAAGGGCCAUGAAGAGGGACUGGGAGCUGGAAAUGGAACGGCUGCCUUCCGACCUCCGUGCACAGGGGAUGAGAACAUCACCAGUGUAGAGACACCAUACAUGGACUACACGCACUUGCGGAUAUCCUAUAAUGUGUAUUUGGCAGUAUAUUCUAUUGCCCAUGCCUUGCAGGAUAUAUAUACCUGUACCCCUGGAAAAGGACUCUUCACAAAUGGAUCCUGUGCGGACAUUAAGAAGGUUGAGGCAUGGCAGGUUCUCAAGCAUCUGCGCCACUUAAAUUUCACCAAUAACAUGGGGGAGCAAGUGGAUUUUGAUGAGUUUGGGGACCUGGUAGGGAAUUACUCAAUAAUCAAUUGGCAUCUCUCUCCGGAGGAUGGCUCAGUCGUCUUUGAGGAGGUUGGGCACUACAACGUUUAUGCCAAGAAAGGGGAGAGGCUCUUUAUCAACGAAAACAAGAUCCUAUGGAGUGGAUUCUCUAAGGAGGUGCCUUUCUCUAACUGCAGCAGGGACUGCCUCCCGGGCACCAGGAAGGGCAUUAUUGAGGGAGAGCCCACCUGCUGCUUCGAGUGCGUGGACUGCCCCGACGGGGAGUACAGUGAUGAAACAGAUGCAAGCGCCUGUGACAAGUGCCCUGAGGAUUACUGGUCCAAUGAGAACCACACAUCCUGCAUCCCCAAGCAGAUAGAGUUUCUGUCUUGGACAGAGCCCUUUGGGAUUGCUCUGACUCUCUUUGCUGUGCUGGGAAUUUUCCUGACUUCUUUUGUCCUGGGAGUCUUCACCAAAUUUCGCAACACACCCAUCGUCAAGGCCACAAACCGGGAGCUGUCCUACCUCCUCCUCUUCUCCUUGCUCUGCUGCUUCUCCAGCUCAUUGUUCUUCAUUGGUGAGCCCCAGAAUUGGACUUGCCGUCUGCGGCAGCCAGCUUUCGGCAUCAGCUUUGUCCUCUGCAUCUCCUGCAUCCUGGUGAAAACCAACCGUGUCCUGCUUGUCUUCGAGGCAAAGAUCCCCACGAGCCUCCACCGAAAGUGGUGGGGCCUCAACCUCCAGUUCCUCCUGGUCUUCUUGUGCACGUUCGUGCAGAUUGUCAUCUGUGUGAUUUGGCUCUACACAGCCCCACCAUCCAGUUACCGAAACCAUGAACUGGAGGAUGAGAUUAUCUUCAUCACCUGCCACGAAGGCUCCCUGAUGGCCCUCGGCUUCCUCAUUGGCUACACCUGCCUCCUGGCAGCCAUCUGCUUCUUCUUUGCCUUCAAGUCUCGAAAGCUGCCUGAGAACUUCAAUGAGGCCAAGUUCAUCACGUUCAGCAUGCUGAUCUUCUUCAUCGUCUGGAUCUCCUUCAUCCCUGCAUACGCCAGCACAUACGGCAAGUUUGUCUCUGCCGUGGAGGUGAUUGCGAUACUGGCUGCCAGCUUUGGGCUCCUGGCCUGCAUCUUCUUCAACAAAGUCUACAUCAUCCUCUUCAAGCCCUCCCGCAACACAAUCGAGGAGGUGCGCUGCAGCACAGCCGCCCACGCUUUCAAAGUGGCCGCCAGGGCCACACUGAGACGGAGCAAUGUGUCACGCAAGCGCUCCAACAGCCUGGGGGGCUCCACCGGCUCUACCCCUUCCUCCUCCAUCAGCAGCAAGAGCAACCACGAAGACCCUUUUCCUCUCCCAGCUUCCGCCGAGCGGCAGCGCCAGCAGCAGCGUGGGUGCAAGCAAAAAGUCAGCUUUGGGAGCGGCACAGUCACCCUGUCGCUGAGCUUCGAGGAGCCGCAGAAGAACGCCAUGGCCAACAGGAACACCAAGCGCAGGAACUCCCUGGAGGCCCAGAACAGCGACGACAGCCUGAUGCGGCACCGGGCCCUGCUCCCUCUGCAGAACAGCGAGCCCCUCAGCAUUGAGCCUGGGUUCCAGGCAGCUUCCAGCCCGGACACCAGCUCGCAGGAGUCGGUGGGGGGAGACACCAAAGAAGAGGUACCAAGCCCUGAGGCAGAGCCUUCCCUGCCAUCGGCUAACUCCCGAAAUUUUAUAGGCGCUGGAGGUGGCUCUGUCACAGAGAACACAGUACAUUCCUAA